AUGGUAUGUAUCCCAUGUGUGUUUCUGCCAAUUGCUCUGGCUAUAUAUUUGAAAUUCAUUCAGCCAUUUGUUUACAGGCUUAUGCCUCAAAGUUGGAUUAACUUCUUAGACAAGUAUUUGUUUCCGACGUGCCCUAUUCAACAGCCGGAACAAUCAACGAGAAAAGAUGAAGGCGACCCCACCUGUUGUUCGUCACAAACUGAAGGAAACAAGAAAGAUGAAUGA